GUGCUUUAGUCGCUAGCUGAUGACGCACAAGCGUUUCGCUGCGCCACGUGACUAGCGAACGGCUGGAGGGGAAGCGAUCAGGAAAUGUGGGAGAGUUGAAUGGACACUGGCUCUGGGCGCUGUAACGAACGGCUCGCGCGAGGGCUUGUGGGAAGUGUGGCAGGUCAAAUCUAAAUCAAAAGCAUCAUGACGAAGUGCAUUGUAAAGGGCUGCCGGCAUACCACCGGCCAGAAGCUUAAAUUCCCUCACAUCGUUAUGCACGCAUUUCCAUCCAAUUUGAAGAUGAUAAAAGUAUGGCUAAAACAAACUGGUCAGUAUGGCAACAAUUUAGAAGAAAUGGCCUUAAAAGUUCUCGGAGGCAAAAAGAGCGAUUCAUACAGGCUUUGUUCUGCCCAUUUCACUGUGGAUUCUUAUGCACUACGGAGAUCUAAGAAUAUGCUUAAAAAGGAUGCAUUUCCCACUUUGUUUGGUCAAAACCAGAUCAAUGCUGCAAAUGUGUCAUUGACUGGUCCAGCUACUCAACAUCCUGCUGUGCCUUUGACAACUCUACAAAAUGUAGAAGAUAAUCGAACAGAAACAAUUCUGCAGUCUCCAUCCUCACUCUCUACAUCUACGAAUUCUCCUCUAAUUGUUACUCUUCAGACAAAUUCACAAUAUGUGCCGAAUCUUCCUUCUUUCCAAGAAACUCUAAUGCCAGCAUUUGUAACCUUUCCAUCAUUCAAGUCAGUACUGUGUAAUAAUGGGCUAAGCUCUGGUUAUUGUUUUAACUCUCCAGUGAUUGCUGCAAAUACUGCUCCAAAGUUAGGCAUGAAGGAUGCAUCUACUCAAACUGAGAUUCUACAUAAGGAUGAAUCUCUUCAAUUCCCUGAAAUCAUCGAGGUCAAAACGCAUGAGACAAUAGCUACCAGUUGCAACAGUAUUAAUAGUCAAAUUUUUUCUAUGUCGGGGAAAGAUUCUCACUCGACCAAUGUUCCAUGGCCACUUAAUCUUCCUUAUAUUAAGGACUUAAUGGAGGCCAAACCAGAUGAUGUACAGAUGACUUUUGAAGAACCAUUUUCCAAACUGGAUAAGGCUAUGGAAUCACCUAGCCGCAACUACAGCUAUCAUCCAGGUGUAGAAAACACUGCAGGGUUUUUUGACUGCCCCCAGCUAGAAACUUACUUGAGCCCUAUUUAUGAACGUAAAUUUAUAGUAUUUGAGUCAUGCUUGGAUGAGCUUAUACCGCUUCUGAAAUGCAGAUACAAUGGGAAUUGUGCUUUGCCCAUAAAAAACAUUGAUAAAGUAGUGGAAGGAACAUGCCUUACCAUUUACGGGACAUGCAUGGAAGAACAUAAAACAGAACUUUGGAAGACUCAGCCAAAAAAACAGAAACUACCAUUAGGGAAUGUUCUAUUCUCUGCCUCCGUUCUUUGCAGCGGGUCGAACUUUUUAAAAGUACAGGACAUGUGCAGAGUUUUGGGGCUCCAGAUAAUAUCAAAAAAAUCCCAUUAUUGUCAUCAACGAAGAUUUGUUUUUCCAUCAAUACGUCAAAUUUGGCAGGAUCAACAGGAAGACCAAAGGAGGUCACUGCUUGGCCCAGUUAGUAUCUCAGUGGAUGGUCCUUGGUGCAAAUCUGGACUUUCACCAAAAUAUUGUAUUUGGACAGUCAUGGAAGCUAAAUCCAAAAAAGUUCUCUCAUUUAAUGUGGAGAAAGGAAAACCCUCAUUGUCACAUGUGGCCCUAAAGAAAAAAACUCUCAGAGAAUGUUUGUCUGACUUAAAAGCAAAGAACUUGGAAAUCAAAUCUGUAUGUACCGACACAAACCCAGACAUUAAACCGAUUUUGAAAGAAGAUUGCAGGAAUGUAGAGCAUCGGUACAGUAUUUUUCACAUUUGCAGGUCUUUGAAAAAAAAAUUGUUGAAGGCAAGCAAAAAGAAAAAUUGUGCAGAUAUCGGUCCUUGGAUUGAACCCAUUAUAAACCACCUGUGUUGGUCUGCUAAAACAUGUAACGGAGACAAAUCCGUAUUCAAGGAGAAGUGGAAGUCGCUACUGUACCAUGUAUGUAAUAUUCAUUCAUGGCAAUCGGGAAACACUUACAAAAAGUGCAGCCACAAUGAUGUGACCCUGGAGAAUUGCAAUUUGCGCAUGUGGUUGAAACGAAAUUCAACUGCAUUUAGAACUCUGAAGUUUAUUGUCCUUGAUGCCAAAUUGCAAAGGCAUUUACAAAAAUCAUCCGAAUUUGGUGAUGUAGCCGAACUAAAGGAUUACCACCAUAAAGCACUGAAAUACAGACCGGAAGGAGUUCACUUUCAUCUCGAUGGGAUUAUAGCCCGGACACAACUGGCUGCACUUGAUCAUAACUUUAGCACUUGCCUGACAAAGGCAAUCGAGUCUGUGGUGGAGGAGGGUGGGGUACCUAUUGGCACCCGUCGCUACCGAAUGCACCGGACUGACGGUAGAAACAAAUGGCUUAGAAAAAAUGUCUGUGAAAAAAAUGCAACCGGUUUUGUUUUUCAGAUCCUUGACAAUGUGAUAAAUUCAAUCUACAGAGGUCACUAAUGGUUAAACCUUUCCAGCCAACAUAGUUGUAGAAGAGACCACAAAAAUGGCACAUUUUAAGCCAAGCAAAGUGACUAUUUGGUGUUCCUCAAUCCAGUCCUAUAAUAUAAAUAAUAUCUUUAUAGGAUACAUAAUAGUGCAAGACCUCUCCAUUUUUGGAUUUAUUAAGCAUUUUCACUGUCCAUACACUGUUUGUUAGUUUUGUCAUAAAUACAUCUGUCUUAAAAAAUGUUAAGCACCCCAUUGCCCUUCUUUGAGAGCAGGCCACUGCCAUCUUUUUAGGUGUCCCCCACGCAAGCUCGGACUAGGUGAAUUCUCAGUACAUAAAUCUUUAGCAAAUUUCCAACACUGAAUUUAGGAAGGGGAUACCUGGAGCUUGGGGCAAGAUGGUGGCUCAUUCUGCAGGAAAGUGCCCUUGGCUAGGGAUAUGAUGUAUACUAUAUGGUGCUUGUUUUAGUUUUGGCUGUAAAUUAACGUUAUUUUAAAAAAUGGCCCUUUUAUUGGAGCUCCUAAUGAUGUUCACUGGUUUCUGUUUCAAAUUAAGGGUGGGCGUGUCCCAACAGUCCCUGCCAGAAGCAUAGUAGCAGGUGGACUGCCAAUUACAAAAGCAAAGACAGGCCUUAGUUCCCUAUCAGGUUAGCCUA